CAAAUCCUACUUGGGGAGAAUUUGGAGUUCUUGCUUUUCUGACCUAGCGACCAAUGUAAUUUGUAGCCUUCCCCUUUGUUUCUAAACUAGCAGAAUCGUGGGACAUCCAAAGUGGGAAGUUUCUUGUUGGUUUUUUUCUAUUUCUUACUCCCUAAGAAUUUUUCUUGGAACUUGGUUCGUUCAAUUCUUAGGGAGAAGAAGGAUCCACUGGGAAGAUUUGAGUAGUAUCUUCAUUAGCCGGAAGGAAUUUGUCUCCACUAGCGUCAUUCGAAGAACGAACAAAAGGGGGGUUACUGUUUAGGUAGGAUAGAUGGAUGUAGUCCAAUGGCUAAAGCUCUGCCUGCUUCUUGUGGACUGAACUCUCUUUAGGUUCCGAGUUGUUUUUGGGUAGGAUGGUCGAAUUUUUCUUCGCCACUAGUGGCAACGAAGUUCUUGGUAAUUAACAAGGGGGAAGGAAGAUCUCCACUCAUUUCAUCCAUUCAGUGCCUGCGGUGAGGCGCAACCCACAACAAACAAAGGGGAAAGUUUGCUUGCUGUAGCCCUUUUUUUGUAGACUAGGCUUGAUAAGCUAAGCUAUUUAAGCUCGAGAAGGGUAGGCUUGCAGCUUCGCCAGAAGCUACUAGGAGGGAGCUGUCGUAGAAGCUUUGCCCUUUGUACAGAGAUUGUUAUGAACUGACUAAAUGACUAGCGGAACGCUAGCUAAGCUAAUAAAUAGUAUAAGUUCCCUUCAAUCAAAUCAAUAAGCUUUUAUUCAGCCCUCCUUCUUAGAACCCAUUGAGGGGGGCCUCGGCCCUGGAAGGGGAGAGUGGCCGAGUGGUCAAAAGCGACAGACUGUAAAUCUGUUGAAGUUUUUCUACGUAGGUUCGAAUCCUGCCUCUCCCACUUGUUUGUUGUAGACUGAAGAGAAGAGAAAGGAGGCAUUCGUCAGCGCAGGAAGGCCCGAUUUCUUCUUGUCAAUGCGAAGCUCCUUUUUUUUUGCCGUGCCGUGAAGUGAAAUUGUAUCGUAUGUUAGUUAGAGAGGUUGGCGAACUACUAUGAUCUAUAGAUUCCCCAGAUAUAUCCAAUCCCAACGAGAAUAGAAGCGAGCCGCUUCCGUUGUAGUCGUCGUAGUCUUUUAGCUUAUGUAGUGGUCGGCCUUCCUACACGCACGCGCCCGCCAGAAUGCCUCCUUGGUUCCGGACGAAGCCAAGCCGAUACAUACGAUAGGCGAAGGAAAGACCCCCAUUUCAUAGCGCCUGGGAACGCAAGUUUGAUCGAGGAUUGGGGAGGAGAGGUGGAAUGGAAGAAAAGGCUCGGGAUGGAUUUUGGAGUCUUUGUGCGAGCCGUAUGCGGUGAGAGUCGCACGUACGGUAACGAGGGGGGUUCGCGUCUAUACGUGUAGUGUGGUGGUUGGGCCUACCCACCCUAUUUGUUCCAUGAUCUAUGGGUCUACUGGAGCUACCCACUUCGAUCAAUUAGCCAAGAUUUUGACCGGAUACGAAAUCACUGGUGCUCGAUCUAGUGGUAUUUAUAUGGGGAUUCUAUCUAUCGCUGUAGGAUCCCUAUUCAAGAUCACUGCAGUUCCUUUUCGGGCGGCUGUAGAACGGACGGCCGCCCAUAGGUGGUAGGUUAGGGUGGGUGGUACCGCUCAGAUUGCGGCCAAUCUUCCUAACCGCGCGCGGGCCGGGCUUAGAGCGCGUGAAACUCAUCACUAUCUCGUAAGGGCGUUGAGACCAUAGCAUGUUAAACGAAAGCGUCGCUUUCUCUGUAGUGUUUUCACACAGCUGCCCGCCUAGAAGAGCCACUCGCUCCGUAGUGUUGUCACACAAGAUAAGCACGCAGCCCGCCAGCUGGCCGGGCGAAUCGAAGUUAUCUUCCGGUCAACUGUCCACCCAGUCAAGUGCAAAAAACACAGUAGAAUCACGCAACGCACGCUGCUGGUGUGCUUCCUGCCCGCGAGGAAAGAAGAGCGACAAGGUUUAGUUCAGAUUUGACUGUUUGCAGCAUGGGAGCGGAUUACCCAAAAAAUCCCUGGGAACAAUGAAAAAAAAGAUAUCUCGGUAACGAAAACCAUAGGGGGCUGUAUUGGCGAGAUCCAACGGUGAACAGCUGUCCAAAAGAAAAACCGCCUGGAAGUCCGAGGACCUUUAGUACCCUUUCCCCGAACCAGCAGCCUUUGCGCCAAGCAAGACCGCCCUUGUCCUUUCUCCAUUCCGCCUCCUUCUUAGCUUUGUUCCAAUAGAGUCUAAGGCAAAGCAAAAGUAAGUGGGUUCGUAUGCCUACUUUACCUACUUGACGAAAGGGAACGAACUUAGUUUCGUUUCCGGGUUUAUGGACUCCUUCCUUUUUCUUUUUUUUUUUUUUUAUGUCGUGACGCUUUGGUUACCGGCAAACGCUUCCAAAGGCGACCCUCUCGAGUUUCCGGCUGUUUCCUAGAUUGAAGUAGCCUUUCUUUCGUCGCCCUACCAAACGAAAGAAGUCACUAUCAAACAGCUCGCCCUACUGAAGUACCAAAGGUGCGCUCCGCCCGGUGACUAAGAAAGAAAUUGGUUUGUGCUUUGAAGUGAUGAGGUCGCAAAGAGGGGGGCUCCUAUUGACUAAAGGUUGGUUCUUCGGUUUCCUUUAGAAUGAAAGUCGCUAUGAAGCCCCUACUACUUAUACUGACUUUGUUUGAUUAAAUAAAAAGGCGAACCCCAACAAAACAAGUCGUAUGGGGUGGGGUGCUUGUGGUAAGCUGCCUUGGAUAUGAGUAUGAGGAAUUCCUACAAAAAGGCAAAGUCCGGUAUUUGACGAAGGAAGAUAUAUCUAUCAAUAGAUAGGAUUUAGUGUUCGAUAUAGGGGAUAGGAUCCAUCUGCUCUUUUUCUCUCUCCAUUUUUUUUUUAGCGUUAUAUCUGAUCUGCUCUCUCUAAAAAAAAUGGGGAUUUAGGAUACAUAGAAAUCUAAGGGGUGUCUAUUCUAUUCCUCUUUAGAGUAGAGAAAAAAAAAAGAUAGCUGAACGAGAUAUCUUUUUUCUAUCUAUCAUUGAUUCAAUCUAUGAAUCAAGUCGAAAGACUUCUUUGGGUUCCCCGAAGCCCCGAAUGGAUUGUGGAUCGUUUCUGCCAACGAAAUGAACGCGGAGCCCGUUCCGAAUGCUUCUCCGAUCGGGAAGUUCUCGCGAAGAGAAUAAGAUGCUGCUCCCCCUCCCUCUGUCUUUUCUCGCUUUGCUAAUCUUCCCUUCUAACGCGGGCCGGGCGGCGGCGGGCGCGGGAGGAAGAAACCUAAGAGCGUCUUCUCUCUCUUAGGUUUCUUUUUUUUUUCAGUGCAACACAGGCUUUUUGUCAUCCCUGCAGCUUUCCAGAUUUUGUAUUGAACGUAUGGCGUAGCUAGGAUCUUCCAAUCUUGAGCCUAUCCUAUGUUCAAACCAACCAAACCCACCCCCUAUUUGAAUAAGGCUGGAAAGAAUGCCCGCCAAGUUCAGAUAAGGGAAUGCUUCCCCCAACCAUUAAAGGAAAGGCUCGACGAAGGGAGAUGCGGCGGGGGAAGGAAAACGCUUUCGGAGAUCGAGAUUUUGUUUUUCAUCGAAAACGAAGAAGGCCGAGGAUGGCCUACGGUGCGUGUUAUCUGAAGGGAACACGCUUUUUCGACCGCGGUGGUAUGCCUGCAUUUCUAGGCGGGCCCUCUCCUCGUUCCGCCCGCAGGCCCAUUGGGAUAGCAGCCUUCGGGCUUUGCCUGCCCUUGAUAUAUCGGCCCGGGAAAGCGCUGGCAACAACAGAAAGGAAGGGGUCCAUGUAGCUGCUGCGUCCGCCCCCUUCUUAGCCCCAUUGACUAAGAAGGGGCUGCAGGUUCGGCAUCUACUAAAAAAGAAAGAAUCCACUUGAGAUAACCACGCCUCUGCUAGGCAGCGUGUGGAAUGGCCAAGAGCGGACCUUUUUGGAUAUAUAAUCCAAGUGGAGAGUGGGGUUACGGGAACAGCCGUCUGAUGGAAAACCACUUUCACGUUCGGUUCAGAGAGCACUUUUUUUCGUCGAGAAAUCUUCGUUCCCUUUCGUGUGAAUUCCCCUGCGGCGAAUUCAAAACUGUUGGGGCCCCAUCUCUCGAGCCCCGAAGAAAACCCCUCCCCUUCGGACUCCAUAUCCCUCCCUUUUGACUCUAUAUAUGUGGGCACCUGAUAUCUAUGAGGGUUCACCCAUCCCGGUUACAGCAUUCCUUUCUAUUGCGCCUAAAAUUUCUAUUUUUGCUAAUAUUUCACGUGUUUCUAUUUAUGGUUCCUAUGGAGCUACAUUGCAACAAAUCUUCUGUUUCUGCAGCAUUGCUUCUAUGAUUUUAGGAGCACUGGCCGCCAUGGCCCAAACGAAAGUCAAAAGACCUCUAGCUCAUAGUUCAAUUGGACAUGUAGGUUAUAUUCGUACAGGUUUCUCAUGUGGAACCAUAGAAGGAAUUCAAUCACUACUAAUUGGUAUCUUAAUUUAUGCAUUAAUGACGAUAGAUGCAUUCGCCAUAGUUUUAGCAUUACGGCAAACCCGUGUCAAAUAUAUAGCGGAUUUGGGCGCUAUAGCCAAAACGAAUCCUAUUUCGGCUAUUACCUUCUCCAUUACUAUGUUCUCAUACGCAGGAAUACCCCCGUUAGCCGGCUUUUAUAGCAAAUUCUAUUUGUUCUUCGCCGCUUUGGGUUGUGGGGCUUACUUCCUAGCCCCAGUGGGAGUAGUGACUAGCGUUAUAGGUUGUUGGGCGGCCGGAAGGUUGCCACGAGUAAGUAAGUAAGUUUGGGGGACCGAAGUCCCUUUCGAUGACCUGGCACCGGACACGUAGCUUACCGAAUCAGUUGCGACACCGAUGGGAAUGCAUGCUACGAAAGAUAGGGUAGAGUCUGAUACAUCAACCGUCUACUCAAUAUCCUUGUACGAGUCCACAAUCACUACACGAGAUGAACCUUGGUUUGGUGAAUUGAAGUUGGCCUUAGGUGUAAAAGGACUCCCAGUUACUGCGCGCGAUCGUAUACUGAGGUGCUCCCCGCCGGUUGUUGGAACGACGCGAGCCGGGCCUCCAUUCAGAAAGAUGAAGGGUCCAAACAAAGGUCAAAAUAGGGGGUUACAAAUGCCCCAUCUCAUUGGGGGCGGAAAACGAAUCGACAUCUCGAUGUGAUACAGCCUUUUCCAUUUUAGUUGGGAAAGAACGGCGAAGUCCAUCCGAACCGUCCAAUGAAGAAUAAGAGGAGAGCAAAGCGCCAAUGGCGCGCGAAGCGCAUGCGAAACAGGCACGGAGAAAAAUAAGUGUGGAGGAUAAGCAGCCGAGCUCAUUCCCUUCGCUUCCUGGGCCCCAAGCAGUGCAGUCUUUCCUGGCCAAAUCCUUGAUUGGGGGCUUCUUGCUGCGCUACUUAACUAUAGAAAGACUUUUUUUCUAGUCAUAUAUAUUAAUAGAAAGAUAGAUCCAUCCAUCUAUCCUAUCCGAUUUAGAUUUAUAUAAGAAAGAAUUUUUUUCAUUCAACGUUUGAUUCAAAGAACUGCGCUAAGCCCCCCCCCGCUCAUGAAAAGGCUCUGCUGCAAUGGAUGGCAGAGGGUCCGUAGUAUCCAAAGCACUGGAGUGGUCCAGUAGCCGGGAAGGGGCCUAGAAGUGCCUACUACUACACCACACUACACUCGGCUCUACACAUUUACAGAGCUAACCCCUGUCCAGUCCCUGGCAGAGUGAAGGGGGCUUCCGUCCUUUUUCCCUAUCCCCUCGCUUUGCUAUAAAAGCAGGCUAACGGGGCCUUACUUAUUCAGGGGGGGAGUGGAGCCCCGAGAAGCACUGUAUAGAGGAAGAUCCUCGGCCCCUCCUCAUUCUCUACAGGGUUCCAAACCUUUCUUCAACAUAGGUGACAACGAGCGGGGCAGAGAUGGAAGAGAUCGAACACGAGAAUAAGAAGCAAGCUCGCCUUCCUUUUUGAUCAUUUUGAUAGAGAGGGAUGGAGAAAGUGGACAAAACGGAGUAGCAUUUCCCAGUCGAAAAGAGAUGGGUUCUCGUCUUGCAUUUCUCAUCGAACAAAUACGGAAAAAGAAUCAUAUUGAAAAACGUUCCUAACCCACCAACCCCUUCCUUCGUAGAGCCGUGUAUUGUAAGUGAUCCGAACCUGCCCGGAGCGAGUCUCCCAUAGAGGCAAGUGAAGUUGGUGAGCCGUAUGAUGGGCAACUAUCUCCUGCGGUUCGGAGAGGACUCAGCUGUUAGUUAGUACCCCCUUUCGGGGUGGACCUUUCACUCUAUUUUAUUAUAUACGCUUAGCGAAAAGAAUGUUUUUUGAUACACCUAGGACAUGGAUUUUAUAUGAACCAAUGGAUCGUGACAAGUCGUUACUACUAGCAAUGACUUCGUCUUUCAUUACUUCAUCCUUUCCAUAUCCCUCCCCCUUGUUCUCAGUUACUCAUCAAAUGGCACUCAGUUCAUAUCUUUAAGUUCGAUCAUUGACAAGGUUCAAAGAAAGGGUGGGCCAUUGAUAAAGAAUGGAUUCCAAAGCACAAUGCUAGCAAGGGCCUCCGCUUUUCUUUUCAUUAAAGACAGUUCCAUUCGAUUAGUUAGCUCGUAGUCAGUCUUUACUUAA